AUGGAUGCUUCUCAUUAUGAAUAUUCUGGAUAUUCAAUUGGGCUUCCUGAAGAGAAUAGAUUUGUCCUUGCAGACAACAAAAACGGUCUUUUGCAUCUAUUCAAAGGAAAAGUGAAAGAUAGCCAAGUAUUUCAAUGCGUUGUCGUUAACGGAAAAUGUGUCUUUGAUGUCUGUGGCUCUUGCUUGGUUUACAGACAAGCAGAUAACUCAUGGGAAUCUACAAGAAUUACUCCUGUCAAGUUAUCAGGCAAGGCUGGUCUUCUGAAUAAACUUCUGAGUGAUUUAUCUGCGACUACAUUUGAUUCACUUGGCUUGUUUGCUGAGGUAUCUCAAUUAAAGCUAAAGAAACUGUUUAACGAUCCAAAUCUUCGACAGGACGACCACAAUUUGACUCGUUAUCGCGAUGUUGUGUCUAAAAUGUUCAACACAAAGCGUCCGGAUUCAGCUCAUAUGGUUGCUAUUGAUCUCAACACUCUGAAACCACUUUUCCGCUUUGUUCUUCCUGAUGGAUGCUCUAAGUUAUCACUUUCUCCGUUUGAUGCCCAACUUGUAACGGCGUCUGAACGUGGUGACACGCUUUCAUUAUGGGAUUUUACCUGCUAUCAGAAUUGUUUAAUGCUUAUGAACAGAUUUGAACGUGGAAAGACAUCUUCUGUGAUAUAUCAAAUUUGUUGGCUACCCAAUGAUCGUGGAAUCAUUGCAUUGAGUCUUCCUAACGGUUCUAUUCACUAUUUUGGAAAUGACACUACAGAAAAGGGCUCUGAAGAUGUCUGGUGUCUCUCAAGUUUUGGAGCGCAGAGCAUAGCCACUGGUCCAGCUGAUUACAGUAUACUAUUGGCUCGAAAGAACAAUUCAAUAAUGCUUAUCGAUUUAAAGGACAUAUCCAAUGUAUGGAGUUUGUGCAUACCAGAAAAUGUGAGUUUAAAUGGAUUAAACGUGAGUUCUUCCGGUUCCAAGACAUCUAAUAAACCUACAAUCAAUUUGGCUGUCAAUAUUGAAGUGGAAACCUACAAAGCAUUUCCUGCAUUAUAUACGAAUCCCGGGAUGCAUUUUGCGCGGAUCAAUGCCAAUCAGUGGGAUACUAUUAAGGAUUUAUCAAGAUUUGGAGACUGUUUGGGAGUAAAGACUAAGGAAGUGGUUAUAGCGGGAGGUAUCAAGACGAUCCAAACGGCAGAAGAGGACGCAAAAGAGGACGCAAAAGAGGACGCAAAAGAGGACGCAAAAGAGCCAAUUAAUGAAGAGCCAACAGACCAAACAAAGAACAUACAAUGA